AUGGUUCUGGUUCUUUGUCUCACCUUUCCAAGAUUCAGUGGAGACAUCCCAGCUGCCUUCAAGCUCCCUUUGGAAGCUGACAAUGUUUUUGCAGGUGGUGUGGCUGCCAUCAAACACAAAGUCCAGAGACAACCUCUUGAAGAAAUUGGUAAUAAGCCAGCACAUGUGACAAGCAAGCCUGGACCCAUGAACUGCAAGCAACACAUCAGAACAAAAAGACAAGGAGUAGCUAAAGCCAAUGUUCCUGUGCAAGUUAAACAAUCCCAUGGGCCAAAAGCUGAGGAUCAUGUUUCUAUGCCCAUGGAUGUUUCAAUGAAGGAGGAAGAAGAGCUGUGUCAAGCCUUUUCUGAUAUUCUAAACCAUGUGGAAGAUAUUGAUGCUGAAGAUACGGACAACCCUCAGCUGUGCAGUGACUAUGUGAAGGAUGUAUAUAACUACCUGAAACACCUAGAGGUCCAGCACUUUGUACAUCCAAAAUACUUGAAGGGUAUGGAGGUUAAUGAACGUAUGAGAACAAUCCUUGUUGAUUGGCUAAUUCAAGUCCACUGCAAAUUCCAGUUACUCCAGGAGACUCUUUACAUGGCUAUUGGAGUCAUGGACAGGUUUUUGCAGUCUCAGCCGGUUUCCAGAAACAAGCUUCAGCUGGUGGGAGUCACAGCGUUAUUCUUGGCAGCAAAGUAUGAAGAAAUGUAUCCUCCAAGUAUAGCGGAUUUUGUGUAUAUAACCGAUAACACCUACUCCAAAGCUCAGAUUCGACAGAUGGAAAUGUUAAUUCUCCAAGAGCUCAACUUUGAAUUGGGGCGACCCAUACCACUUCACUUUCUCAGAAGAGCCUCAAAAUGUUGCCAGGCAGAUGCUGAGCAGCACAGUCUGGCUAAAUACCUGAUGGAGCUGACUCUGUUGGACUAUGACAUGGUUCACAUUCAUCCUUCAGUAAUAGCUGCUGCUGCUCUUUGUCUGACACAAAAGAUUCUCAACUAUGGCACAUGGAAUGAGACACUGCAGUUCUACACUGGAUACACAACUGAGGAUCUGAUCCCUACUAUGCAACACAUGGCAAAGAAUGUAGUAAAUAUGACCCAGAACUUGACUAAACUUGUUUCUGUGAAGAACAAGUAUGCCAGCAGUAAACUACUGAGGAUCAGCACAAUCCCACAUCUGUCUUCACAUCUUAUAACUGAUCUGGCUGCCUCUGUGACUAACUUAUAG